AUGGAUAAGGCAGUUACAGACGAUAACCAUGGGGGGGCGAGCGAUACGGACGUCCAGAAUCAUCUAGAGGUCGUGUUUUAUCCCGAUGCCAACCACCGUCGCAAGUCAUCCCUUGUUAUGAUGGAUAAGCCGAGGGUCCAACCCUACCGAGCUCAGGAUGACAAGAUGACUGCUUGCUACGUCCACUCCCUCAUUGCGAGCGAAUGGACUUCACCCGAACACCACCUAAAAGAUACAGAAGAUGUAAUACGGACAUUGGAUGAGGACAAGACGACUAAACCGGUGGCAAAUACCAAAGGCAUCCAGCCGGAGGAAUUCGUCUCGGUGAUCGACAAGGACAACAAGCCGAUACCCACAGUCAUCGAAUCUCGGCAUCUUACAAAAAGACAGCUAUCAGAUAUGGCUUGGAAUGUGCGCAAGCUAUCUAAAAAGCUGGGCAGCAUUAAGCUCAAGCUCACCGUGAAGAAUGUCUUCGUCGUAAGCAAGGCGCAGGACGAGUCGCUGGUCAGCUUGACUCGAAAGGUUACAAGAUGGCUACUCUCCAAGGACCGGGACUAUCUAUAUGUGGUCUACGUUGAGCGGCGUCUCGAGACGCAUAAGGACUUCGGUGCCUCGCAAUUGGUACAAGACGAGCCCUCCGCCGAGGGCCGACUCAAGUACUGGGAUCCCAAGCUUGCGCAAGAAGAACCGCAUCUAUUUGAUUUUGUGAUUACACUUGGCGGAGAUGGAACCGUUCUCUACACUAGCUGGCUGUUCCAGCGCAUCGUGCCACCCGUAUUAUCUUUUGCACUGGGCUCACUAGGCUUUUUGACCAAUUUCGACUUUGCAGAUUACCAGAAGAGCCUCGAUAGUGCUUUCCGGGAUGGAGUUUUUGUCAGUCUACGGCUACGAUUCGAAUGCACCAUCAUGCGCAGCAAAGCGCGCAUGAGAGACCCGCACGCGCGCUCUCUAUCGGAGCGUGACCUAGUGGAGGAACUAAUCGGAGAGGAAGGGGAGGACACAUUAACGCACACCCCACACCAGGUGUAUGAGAUUCUCAACGAUGUAGUCCUCGAUCGCGGGCCAAACCCAACCAUGUCUCAAAUUGAACUCUUCGGAGAUGACGAGCACUUCACAACCCUGCUCGCUGAUGGAAUCUGCAUUGCCACCCCAACUGGAUCAACUGCUUACAAUCUUGCCGCUGGCGGCUCUCUUUCACACCCCGAGAACCCCGUCAUCCUUGUCACCGCCAUCUGCGCCCACACGCUAUCCUUCCGACCGAUUAUUCUACCAGACACCAUUGUCUUGCGCAUGGGUGUGCCGUACGAUGCGCGCACGAGCUCAUGGGCUAGCUUUGAUGGACGAGAGAGAGUCGAGUUACAUCCCGGUGACUAUGUUACCGUGUCAGCCUCGAGAUAUCCCUUUGCCAAUGUCCUACCUCCCGGUGGGCAGGGUGAGGGUUGGGUGCACAGCAUCUCCAAGACUUUGAAUUGGAACUCGCGAGAAAAGCAGAAAAGCUUCAAGUAG